AUGUUGAGACGAGACAGAAUCUGCUUCCCCAGAAAGGAAGUGUGUGAAGAAUCUUUGUACUCUGGGAUUGAGAUGGUGAGUGUGGGAGUCAGCACAGAGCCCUGCCAUGCCAGGUGGGAGGUAGAGACAGAUGAAAUUGUUCUACAGCGGCGGCAAAAACAGAUAGAUUAUGGCAAGCGCACACCUGGUUACCAGUGUUUUCUGCAGCAGGUCCCCAAGGCAAAGCGACAGCCAGGACUUCACCCUCAAACACCAAACAAGAGGAGGAGGUACAGCCGUCGCUCUUGGGAUACCCAGAUCAGGCAGUGGAGAAGAGCCCUACAUUCCUGGGACCCCCCCCAGCCAGCCCCUGCAGGGCAGGUUUCUGAGGGGCAGGGAAUGGAGUGUCUCUUAGAGCCAAUGGGUUCCACUCGUUUGGAUGACCUCCUGGAUGACUGGUUCCAGGUCCUGUAACCCUCAGUGGAUGGAGACCAGAAGGGAGCCCAGUUUGCAGACUUGGUGGCUCCUGCCUACUCCCUUCCCUGGCUCUCUGAGGAAGAUCCCCACCACUGGUUCUACUUCCUAGUUGAUCACAGUUAUUUAUCUGUCCCAGAUUUGAGUGGGGCACAAAAUAAACAGACGUCUUUCAAGGGACGUGUUGCUAAGUGUAACGGUGAAGAUUACUUGCAUUACUGCUACUUCCCAAUCGAUUAA